AUGCCUGACUACGUGCUCACCCCCCCGGAGAAAAAACAUGCUCUGAUAAAACUGAACGAGUACCCAAGAACAAAUCCUAACAAGUCAUUUGAUCCAUCGGUCGAGCAGACAACUCCACAGACACUGUUCACUCCGCUUCUGCGCGUGUGCAACGUAGAGCUGACGAAGCGGAUCAUAACGAGCACUGUAACGGAGGUGGAAACAUCCGGGAAAGCGGAGGCCGUCCCGUGGCUGCGCAAAUUUGCGUUUGACAUGGGGAACAGAGUCGCCAAGGACGAGAACAUAAGAAUGAGGGAACUGGACAAGAUCAGGAAGCCGAUCGACUACAAUCAGUUCUAUCUCGAGUCGUUCGUGAGUGUUGACGAGGGACUGGAGGGAUGCACGAGCUACGAUUUCGUGCCGGGCGACGAGAAAUACAUGAUCUUUGAUUUUGAUGAAAGAAAUUUUGCGGUGAAGGAGAUGAAAGACUUUGUGCUGGAGUAUCCGUCACGGGUCGUUAUUGAUAGGAAUGGGGAGGAGGCUGAGUAUGGAUGCAAUGCCAAUGAUAUGAGUAACUACGUGCUGGUUGAGGUGAAGGAUGACAGGGCAUACUACUAUUUACUGAAGAACAGUCUCAAGCUGAAGCGCCUGAAGACACAUCACAAUUCGAGCGAACAGAGCUAA